AGCUAUAACUUCAAAUGGCGUUCCGUAUUCCGUUAAUUCCGUAUACUACAUGAAUUUCCUCUAUUGACGCUGCUCAUAGUUCUUACUUAACCAGUGACUUUUGGUAAAGCCGACCAAAGCCUAUUAAAGUCGACUCGUGGCCGUAAAAGAAAAGAGGUUAUAUUUCUUUUUGUUCAUCCUAUUUCCAGCAGGAUGUACGACGACUACAAUGAGUACGACGCUUAUGAUGACUAUGGGCCACCAGACGCUCACGAUCAGUAUGAGCGACCGAGCUAUCGGCAAGUGCCCGAAGUGGUGCGCAACUUUCUGGUGUUUCUGCGCAACUGCAUCAACGAGGGCAUGAUCUUUGAGAUCCAGAAUCUGUACGAAAAUUCAUUUCCCAAGAUUUCAGAGCAGCUGUUCGACAAGUCACCAUGGCCGGACGCGUCCACUAUUGCCCAUAUAGUCGACAACGACGCAGUGUUCCUCACCCUCUACAAGGAGCUCUAUUAUCGUCACAUAUACGCGCGCAUGCAAGGUCCCACGUUGGAGCAGCGUCUCAACUCCUUUUAUAAUUACUGCGAUCUUUUUAAUUACAUCUUACAUCCUGACACCCCGGUGCAGCUGGAACUGCCCGAUCAGUGGCUGUGGGAGCUCAUCGACGAAUUUGUGUACCAAUUUCAGUCGUUCGCCCAGUAUCGUGCCAAUCUGUCCAAUAAGACGCCAGAUGAGAUCGAAAAUCUCACUGCGCACAACAAAAUCUGGGAUGUUCUGUGUGUACUGAAUGUCCUGCAUUACCUGGUCGACAAGUCGAAGAUAAAGAGCCAGUUGGAGGUGUACGCGAGCGGUGGCGAUCCAGAUUCUGUAGCUGGUGCCUUUGGCAGGCAUUCCCUGUACAAGAUGCUCGGCUACUUCUCGCUCGUUGGUCUUCUGCGACUGCAUUCCCUGCUGGGCGAUUACUAUCAGGCCAUCAAGGUCUUGGAGAACGUGGAGCUUUACAAGAAAAGCGCGUAUUCCCAUGUACCUGGUUGCCAAAUUUCAACUGCAUAUUAUGUAGGCUUUGCAUACAUGAUGAUGCGCCGUUAUGCGGACGCGAUCCGAACAUUCUCUGGCAUCCUGCUGUACAUUCAACGUACGAAGCAGCUCUUCGCCACGCGCAGCUACCAGAAUGAUCAAAUCAACAAGCAAACUGAGCAGAUGUACCAUCUGCUUGCCAUUUGCCUGGUACUGCAUCCACAAUGCAUAGACGAAGGUUUGCAACAAGCACUGCGGGACAAGAACUACCACGAGAAAAUGUAUAAGAUGCAAUACGGUGAUCUCACCGAAUUCGAGAAUUGUUUCGUGUUUGCAUGCCCGAAAUUUCUAUCCCUGACACCGCCAAAUCCGGAUAAUCCCAAUGAAGACUACGUUCGCGAGGCCAUCAAGCAUCAGACUCAAGUAUUCAUGGAUGAAGUGGUACAGCAAAAAAUGUUGCCAACCAUUCGUUCAUAUUUGAAACUUUACACGACAUUGCCGCUAAGUAAAUUAGCCACAUUUAUGGGAAACAAUACUAGAUCAGAGGUUGAGGGAUGGGAUCUUGACAAGGAAGUUAAUGCGCUAACAAUCCAUUUGUUGUGCUUCAAGCACAAAAUGAAGAACAUUGUUUGGACAAAAGGCACAUCAGGCCUAGACGGAAAAUUCCAAUCUGGUUCUGAGUUGGAUUUCUAUAUUGAUCACGACAUGAUUCACAUCGCCGAUACAAAAGUAGCGCAUCGUUAUGGAGAUUUUUUCAUCCGCAAGAUAUUGAAGUUCGAAGAAUUAAAUCGCAAAUUGCAUCAUAUAAAGAUUUAAUUUAAUUUUAAUUGUAUUUUUCAAUUGUUAUUAACCAUCUUGGCAGUACGUAAAGAGAAAUAAAUUUUUCUUAAAUAAAUAAUUCUAUUAAAUAUUUAUUGUAGAUAUUUAUCAGCAAUUACAAUGAAGUGUAUAUAUACUUCGAUUAACAGUAAUUUGUAAGGUGCAUAAUCAAGGGACAUACAUCUAAAGGAGAAAUUAUAACGUUGUGUUUUGAUUGAUA